CGCGUGCCCAGCUCCGCGUCCUCCUCCGCUCCGACUUCGCUUCGGGUACCGCCGGGCACGAUGAGGUCCUCUCUGGCGCCCGGCAUCUGGUUCCUCCGCGCCUUCUCCAGGGACAGCAAGUACCGAGCCUACAUCCUGCUCAUCACCUUCUUAAUCUACACCUGCUAUCACAUGUCCCGGAAGCCCAUCAGUGUCGUCAAGAGCCGUCUGCACCACAACUGCUCAGAGGUGAUCCAGCCCCUCAACAGCACCCACAGUCUCAACGACACCACAUGGUGCAACUGGGCCCCCUUUGAUAAGAGCAACUACAAGGAGUUACUGGGGGCCGUGGACAAUGCCUUCCUCGUGGCCUAUGCCAUCGGCAUGUUUAUCAGCGGCAUUUUUGGGGAGCGGCUCCCCCUCCGAUACUACCUCACAGCCGGGAUGCUGCUCAGCGGCCUUUUCACCUCGCUCUUCGGCCUGGGCUAUUUCUGGAACAUUCAUGUGCUCUGGUACUUUGUGCUGGUGCAGAUCUUCAACGGACUCGUGCAGACCACGGGCUGGCCCGCCGUGGUGAGCUGCGUGGGCAACUGGUUCGGGAAGGGCAAGCGGGGGCUCAUCAUGGGCAUCUGGAACUCCCACACGUCCGUGGGCAACAUCCUGGGCUCCCUGCUGGCUGGCGUGUGGGUGGAUCAGCAGUGGGGUCUGUCCUUCGUGGUGCCUGGUGUCAUCACCGCCAUCAUGGGCAUCAUCACCUUCUUCUUCCUCAUCGAAUACCCAGAAGACGUGGACUGCGCCCCGCCUCAGCACCACGGUAAUCCGGAAGAGAGCCAAGACCGCCCCGAGGACCCCGCGAACGGACCCCACUGUAACAAAGAGAGCAGCCUGGAGUCAGCUGUCACCUGCUCCAAGGACGCAAGCGCUCAGCCUACCGCCAUCAGCUUCUUCGGGGCCCUGCGCAUCCCGGGCGUGGUCGAGUUCUCCUUGUGUCUGCUGUUCGCCAAGCUGGUCAGCUACACCUUUCUCUACUGGCUGCCUCUGUACAUUGCCAAUGUGGUUCACUUCACUGCCAAGGAGGCUGGGGACCUGUCCACGCUCUUUGAUGUUGGUGGCAUCAUAGGUGGCAUCUUGGCGGGGCUCGUCUCUGACUACAUCAAUGGCAGGGCCACCACCUGCUGCGUCAUGCUGAUCUUGGCUGCCCCUAUGAUGUUCCUGUACAACCACGUUGGCCAGAGCGGAAUCGGCAUCUCCAUAGUCAUGCUGCUCAUCUGCGGAGCCCUGGUCAACGGCCCUUACGCGCUCAUCACCACCGCUGUCUCGGCUGACCUGGGGACGCACAAGAGCCUGAAGGGCAACGCCAAGGCGCUGUCCACUGUCACAGCCAUCAUCGACGGCACUGGAUCCAUAGGUGCGGCUCUGGGGCCUUUGUUGGCCGGGCUCAUUUCCCCCACGGGCUGGAACAACGUCUUCUACAUGCUCAUUGCUGCGGACGUCCUGGCCUGCUUGCUUCUCUGCCGGCUGGUGUACAAAGAGAUCCUGGCCUGGAAGUCAUCCCUGGGCAAAGACAGAGGGUAUAGAGAAAUGUGAGGCCCCUGAUCAGAGCAGAAACAUGGAGGGACCUUGCCGGGUCCCAAAGUGCCCCCCCACACAGAUGGCUGAGGCAAAAAGUCCCUUGACCCAGCACCAGCCAGCCUAGCCCACGAGGCUUCCAAGGGCUAGGAGAUGCUCCAUGAGAAGGGACCGCCAAGCUCGAGGACAUGGAAGACUCAAGGGCCUUACUGGAGAACAGAGGGAAUGCAGCGUGCUCACCAUACUGAGAAGGCAUCUUGAGACCAAACACAAAACGCUCAGGCAGCUCCGUGCGAUCUGUGGAUCAGUUUAUUACAGGGUCAUUUACAGGAUGGGGUAGGGUGGACAGCGAUCUGGGAGCGUCCCCAUGCUGCCCAGGGGCCGUGGGGACGAUUCUAUGGCUAACCUGGGGGACAGGGAGGCAGGACAUGCAUUCCUAAGUGAAGAUUUAUGAACGCAUAACCAGUCUUGUGGGUGUUGGGAACACGUCAGAGAAGGUUUCCAUCAUUGUUUGGGGACUAACAGAGCAUAGAGGCUACCUGGUCCUAAUGGGUAUGAAACAGUAUCUGUUAACGUCCAAAGCCCUUGAUAACAGGGUGAUGAUUCAGCAUACCGUACAGUCCUGAGUAGGCCCAGCGGAAGGAGGGGAGAGACUAUGAAGAUCCCUGAUGGUGUCAGUUCCGCUGACAGUGAUCCAGGCCUGAACUCUGGAGACCAAAAGCUGGAGGGAUUGGGGCUGAGGGCUGUCAGCAUUUUGGGACAAGGAGGGGUCUGCUCAGACUCUUCUUGUUCAGAUUCCAAGAUGGAUAGCCAAGGUUCAGUGAGGCGAAGGCCUGGAAAGAGUGCCUCUCCUUCUCAUGUUAAACUUGAACCUCUGUAAUCAGCCUCUAGCUGAAAGUGUGUAUUUCAGAGCCACCAGACCUCUCUUUGUCCCUUAUGUCCACAAGCCUGUUUUCUCCAUGUGUUUCCCCACGUUGGUACCCCUGCUUCUAUCCUCCAUUUAAUCCUGUUUCUAACUCCUGACCCAUGUUGAUUAGAACAUUAUCGCUGUAUCCUCCAGGGAGAGGCAGGGCGGGGUGGGGGGUGCCACUCCCAGGCACGGCCAGCCCGAGUGUGAGGGCUCCUUGCCUCGCUCUUGUCCUGGCCCUCUGUGUUCCCGGGGCAGAUGGCUUAUCACGGCAGUGCUGUGGGGGAGUUGUGUAGGGCAGUGGGCGGGGGGGGCAUGACCCAGAGUCCCAGUAUGUUAUUAAAUAUUUUGAUAAUGAAA